AUGGCUCCAAGAAACAACGGCGGCAGCGGCAGCAGCAACCAAGACGCAGAAGUAAUAAGCAAUGAUGUCGCUAAAGCGGAGAUCGACAAGAAAUAUCACGAAGAAAACCAGAAGAACAAAAUUACGGCGCCAUUUCUUCUACCCUAUCCCGAGCCCGAAGAGGUCCGAGACCAAAUCAUCAAUCUGGCAGACCUGGAAGAUCCCCCCGACGAGUUUGAAAUUCCAGGUCUCACAAGCAGAAAUCCUAUUAUGCCAAAUAGCUGUGCUCUGGUGAGGUUCCAUUUCUGGAAUAUUAACCCUGGAAAGUUGCACAAUGGGGAGAUGAGGUUGAAAGCAUUCCGGAAACUCUUCUAUAGCCAAGACGAAAAGCAUGCAGUGCGGAGCAUGGAUGAACUUUGUGAUUUGAGACGCGAUGCUGGUCCUAGACUUCUCAAGCCCGAAGUGCUUCAGAGAUUGCAUAGACUUCCCAUCAGUCGCCAUUACCCGGAUUACACAGGAGACGCGGACUGGGAAGAGCAACGAUCACGACCUGCACUUCCUACGACUAUUGCGCCGGCAGAAAAUACUCGUAAUCUGCCUCCCGACCGUGGUGGAUCAGACUCACUUGUGCAAGAAGAAACUCCGCCUCACCUGAAUAUUAUUCGAGAGACUUUGGAAAAACUUUUGAUCCAGUUGAGAUAUCAUGACCUGGAGGUACCGCAAACGCAAGCCUCGAGUACCUACAGGAGGUACUUGCCACCAGAGAAGAUUCGAUUGUUCCUCGAUACGAAUCAUAACGUGGAUCCUGCAAUUGAUGGAAUGGACUAUGUGAGUCGUGAGCGCGGUCCAAUCGGGGAUAUUAACGAUGUUUCCAAAACGAGGUUUGAUUGCAUAUUGAUGGCUGGGAAGUUCUUGGACGCUGGACUUACCAGGAUCGAUAUGGAGGAGUUUGGCUCGCGCGGUGUGCAAGAGACACAUUCGCACCGGACGUUUGUGAGCAUGAUCAAGUAUGAUUUGGCUUCCCCUCAGAUUUGUAAAAGAAUGAGGAAUACUUUACAUCAGUUCUGUCAAGAACUUGCCCCAACAAGCUUUGAAGAUCUCUUGGGCAAGACGACUAUUUUACGUCGACAGUUCAGUUAUACUACCAUCAAAUUGCUCCGAUGUGACAACGGCCACGAGCGUCCGAUAGCGGAGACAAAGGGAACACUUGCUUGUCUUCAAAACGGAUAUACAUCGGAAGAGUACGCCGGCUCCAGUAUGCAGGAAGUCAUGCAAUCGAUGUUCCCACAGCGUAUUGAAGCACCAUUCCGAAGAAACUCCAGAAGGCAUGAUGUUUGUGGUUUUAAUGAUUGCAACAAGGAUAUCAGCCAAAGUUUUCUGAGGCAUUCCAUGCCGUUACGGCUAGCUGUCAAGCUACCCUCGCAUAUAUCACCUCAAGAUCAUACCAGUGAAGACAUAAGAAUCAAUCUAUUCAACCAACGGGGCGAGGAGGAAGUUGUAGUUUAUCGCUGGAUAGGCGGUGUUUAUUCGGAUACAGAAGUCGAAGAACAAAGCACCCACUAUCGUGUUUAUUGGUCAGAGGCAGUUCGGGGAGAGAAGCCAACGAAAAAUAUCCGCAUGUACGAUCCGCGUUACGCUCAAGGAAGAGUUAUCGACGGUAUUGCACCGUCCCAGAGAGGCCAGAUACCAGAAGCAUGGUGGUCUGGCAAAUUCAAGCCGGUACUUUUCUAUGAACGUGUACUGAACCCAAACCCACUUGAUGUUACACUGGCCGCUGCUGUACUUGGUGACAUGCACCAUGCUAUAGGACAUGACAAAUUCAUAUUGCAAGUUCAUGAGCCAUGGAGACCUAUCUCUGCUAGACUAAAUCUAACACUUCCUCAUGGACUUAAGGGUGAGCAUGAUUAUAUAUCGGAGACGUCUUCCAUCCAAGUUGAUGAUCAGGAUGGGGGGUUUGAAGUUGGAAAUUCUCAACCUUUCUCCAGUGGCCCUCAUAAAUCUGCGAAUCAGGCACAAUCUUCGACUUACCAAAUGUCGCAAUCGGGCCAGUUUAAUCAUUUGGAUAACCGGGGAUAUCUCUCAAAUGGCCAAGGAAAUUUCCCAAAUGAGUACUCAUCCUCGAUGCAGACCACAAUGGCAAACAACACUAUAGUGAGCUAUCCCCAAACCACUUUCCAAAGUUCUCUCUUUUCGGACAAUCCAUACGAAAACAACUACGAUAAUACGGUAUCUCAACGACUUCAGCCCGAUACUACGGCAGGCGGUUCACAAGAAGAGAAUUCUCUUGGUUGUGAUGCUUUGCUUUCAAAUAUGGAGCCAGAUACCAUCUUUAGUAACCUUGAUAACUCCGCAGUCCCUAGCAUGGCAAUGAAUGGGGAAGCAUUGAAUGGCUACCUACAGAACAUGUCGCUGAUGACGCCCGGCAUCCAGCCCCAGAACUCAGCAGCGAGUGGCUGUUCACAAACGAUGAUAACUCAGAUGCCAAGCCAGGAACAGCAACAAGUUACUUGGAAUCCAAGUCAUAACGGGAAUGCGUAUACAAAUCUUCAAACUCUGCCGACUAGCCAAAACUAUCCCGCAACGUCUACCACUAGCAGCAACUAUAUUCCUUUUGGCGCCACGAACCCAUCCCAACCCACCGGUGACGUAUAUUCUAAAUCGCAGGUUUCUUACCCUGUUGAACAUCAAUCUGGGUCUGCUAUUCCAAACGGCUCACAGGAAGUUUCUCUUGAUCUCGGUGGACUCAACCAGGAUCAUUCAGAGAUCCACGGGGCCUCUCAUACGGGUAUGAAAAUCGACGACGCUGGUGGUCCGUCCCUUGCCAAGCAGGGAAACGGCAAAAGCCGAAAUGGAAGCAGUGCAUCAACACAGGCCUCUAGGGGGUUCGUACACCCGGUUCAGACAAACCUUGAGUCGGCUCUGAAACGAGGACCGGAUACUGAGCAGUCACCAGAGAAGCGAAGUUGA